AAGUUUUAAAGAUGUCGCUCGCUUUUCUUCCAUAAAUGGGCGGAGCUUUAAUAUGGUCUAUCACAACUCGUCCGUUUUGUUUACAACUGAUAACAGUAAAACAUGGCUAAUUUCCACCAGAUAUUGUCUUUCUGUUGUAUUUUCUGUUUAAAACUGAUUAGUUAUAUCAUAAAUGUGAUGCCAUGGUUUAGUGAUGGUUCAAUUCCAAAUCCGUCCUUGAUUAUACAAUAUCUGUUACAAAAAACGUUUGGAGAUGAAAAGUUGAAAAAGUUAGAACUUCUUACACAGUUUUAUCACAAGCAAGGUUUAUUUCGUUUUGACGAUAAAAUCUACAUUUUUAACCAGAAACUAGCACAAACAGCAAUCAACAAAUUGGAAAAAGGUGCAGAAAAAUACCUAGACAAUUCACCACUUAAAGAUACAUUUUUAGGUUCAUCUCAGAAAAGUCCCGAAACGAGGCGUGCUAUCGCAUCCUUGUUUAGAAAGACAUCUAUAGAGGAAAGAGCAUCUUUGAUGACUGAAGAUAUUAAAAAGAUGUGUCUAAAAAUAAAACAGCAAUCACUAAGAUCUGUCAAUAUUACUCAUUGGUCACUGCGUUUGGCUUUAGAUAUCGUCGGACACGUGCUUCUUCAGCUAGAUCUGAAUGCUUUGGACGGUGAACAAGAUGAAUUGUUGGAGUGUAUGGUGACAAUUCUCCAUAAAUGUUAUGCUCUUAAUGAAAUUUCAACAGAAUCUGACGAAUUUAAACGAGCAAACGAGGACCUUGACCGGAUCACUUCAAACAUACUAAAAGAUGCUUUAGAGAAAGAUGAUACUACAAUACAGAAACGGCUGGUUGUCCAAUUACACGAGGCCUGUGGAUUUGAGGAAGCGAAGGACAAUAUGAAGUUGUUUCUGAUGGCUGGAACAGAAACAACAGCUUCGUCUAUUCCUGUUGUGUUCUCCUUGUUAACUGAUUACCCUCACAUACAGGAAGAACUCAGAGAUGAAGCAAUAGAUCGAUGGUCUGAAAUGAUUGCGGACCCUACCACAUCUCUACCAAAAAUAGAAAGUAUGAUCAAAGAGAUCCUAAGGCUUUAUCCAAUAGCACCUUUUAUUAGCAGACAAAACAAUGUUCCGGUAAAUCUGGGCAACAUUCACUUAGAUCAACAUAGUGAUGUCGUUAUUUUUACCUGGGGAAUUCACAGAUCUCCGUACCUGUGGCAUGAUUCAAAAGUAUUUAAACCAUUCCGCUUUCUUGGAGAGGAAGCUUUACAAUCCAACAUGUAUAUACCAUUUGGAGCAGGAUCUCGAGUGUGUAUAGGUCAACAUCUGGCGGUGUUGGAACUGCGAUUAGCUAUUGCAAUCUUACUUCAUACAUUCACAUUUUCAAAAAACCUAUCCACCCCAGACCUAAAGUUUGUGGUUGACUGGGCUCAUGCUGUUGUGCAUCCAGAUAAAGAUAUGAUGUUUACUUUACAGAAUGUUUAAUAGUCUUUUGAAUUCUUAAAAGGGUGCAUUUCAGAACAGCGGGUAACAACUGUCCCGUAACAGUCAUCGAUUGGGCUAUAUUUACGACUCAAUCGAAACAUGCCGCACAAUCUUUAAAACGUUGGAAAAAAGGUGAAACAAAUUGAAAACAAAUUUCUGAAAUAAUAAUAAAGCACUAAUUUAAAAUAUACAAGAUUUUUCUUUUUUCUAGGCGUCCCACCCUCCUACUGAUAUACGAUAGAAACAAAUCAAAAUACUAAUAGUAUAUCAUAUUUUCCUGUGAGACUCCAUUAUUUAUUGUUUAAAAUAAAUUUUGAUAAAUUAAUAAACUUUUUAUAAAAAAAAUUAUUUAGGCGGAUAGUGAAAUCAUAAAAUUCUCGCCAACCUUUUGAACUCCCAAUUCACGUUUUAUACGUGUUUUGAUAAUUAUGUUUCUUGAACGUCCAGUGGCAAAUAUUUCGUGCAUAUCCUGGACGAUAACACGAUUCUUUUUUUUUUAUCGAUAACCAAUGCCAAUCACGAUAAAGUUAAGCCGUCAGUCAAAUCCAUUUUUCAUUCAAUCCUGUGACCAAAGCUGUUUUGCAACUUCAAAGUAUUGUCAUUAUUACACUAGACUAAGUGCAUUUAUGUAUG